GCUAGGGCAGUGCGGUUGCCCGCGAGGCCCGAGUGGGCUCGCCGCUACCUGUACUCCGCCGGUCCCGCCGAGAGAGUUGAACCUUCCUGGCUUGUGAAGAAAAUGGCAGAAGCACCAGCAGAGCUUUCCGAAGGGCAGCUUGUUUUACACUCAGACACUCACAGUGACUCUGUCCUAGCCAGUUUUGAGGAUCAGAGAAAGAAAGGCUUUCUCUGUGAUAUUACCUUAAUCGUGGAGAAUGUGCAUUUCCGGGCCCACAAAGCCUUACUUGCUGCCAGUAGUGAGUAUUUCUCAAUGAUGUUUGCAGAAGAGGGGGAGAUCGGACAGUCGAUUUAUAUGCUGGAAGGCAUGGUUGCAGACAUUUUUGGUAUCCUGCUAGAAUUUAUUUACACGGGUUAUCUACACGCUAAUGACAAAAGCACAGAACAAGUUCUGGCUACUGCUCAAUUCUUAAAAGUCUAUGACCUGGUGAGAGCUUACACAGACUUCCAGAAUAAUCAUAGCUCCCCAAAGCUAACGACUCUGAGCAGUGCUGGUGCUCCUAUGGUUGUCAUUUCUAAUAAGAAAAAUGACCCUCCAAAGCGGAAACGGGGAAGACCAAGAAAAGUCAAUAGUUUGCAAGAAGGAAAAUCAGAACUGGCUGCAGAGGAGGAAAUACAACUAAGAGUGAACAAUUCAGUUCAGAAUAGACAAAACUUUGUGGUUGAAGAAGGAGACAAUGGGCUACUGACUGAACAGAUUCCAGCAAAAGAAAAGGAAGGCUCUGAGUCUGCUUGUGAGGCAGGUGGAGUGGAGGCUGUGCCAGCUGAAAAAGAUGAGAACUGUGAUCCCAAGACCCAGGACGGGCAGGAUGGCCAGAGCCGAUACAGCAAGCGGAAGAUCCGGAGGUCCGUCAAACUUAAGGAUUACAAACUUAUAGGGGAUGAUGAAGACCAUGGUUCAGCCAAGCGGGUGUGUGGAAAGAGAAAACGCCCCAGUGGGCCCGAGGCCCAUUGUAAAGACUGUGGCAAAGUUUUUAAGUACAGUCACUUUUUAGCAGUCCACCAGAGGAGCCACACCGGCGAGCGACCCUUCAAGUGUAAUGAGUGUGGAAAAGGCUUUGCCCAGAAGCACUCCCUGCAGGUCCACACCAGGAUGCACACGGGCGAGCGGCCAUACACCUGCACUGUGUGUAGCAAGGCUCUGACCACGAAGCACUCGCUGCUGGAGCACAUGAGCCUGCACUCAGGACAGAAAUCUUUUACCUGUGAUCAGUGUGGAAAAUAUUUCAGCCAGAAAAGACAACUAAAGAGCCAUUACCGAGUUCAUACAGGCCACUCAUUACCGGAAUGUAACCACUGCCAUCGCAAAUUCAUGGAUGUGUCUCAGCUAAAGAAACACCUCCGAACACACACAGGGGAAAAGCCAUUUACUUGUGAAAUUUGUGGCAAAUCUUUCACAGCAAAGAGUUCUCUUCAGACUCACAUCAGAAUUCAUCGCGGAGAAAAGCCAUACUCCUGCAGCAUUUGUGGCAAGUCCUUUUCUGACUCCAGUGCCAAGAGGAGGCACUGCAUUCUCCAUACAGGCAAGAAGCCUUUCUCUUGCUCUGAGUGUAACUUGCAAUUUGCUCGCUUAGACAACUUGAAGGCUCACCUGAAAAUCCACAGCAAAGAGAAGCACACACCUGAAGCCAGCAGCGUUUCCAGCAGUAGCCACACCGAAGAGGUCAGGAAUAUUCUUCAGCUACAGCCCUACCAGCUCUCUACCUCGGGAGAGCAGGAGAUUCAGCUUCUUGUGACUGACUCCGUACACAACAUCAACUUCAUGCCGGGUCCUAGCCAGGGUAUCAGCAUUGUGGCCACGGAAAGCUCCCAGAACAUAAGCACAGACCAGGCUGCUGACCUCACUCUGCUCACACAGCAGCCAGAGCAACUGCAAAGUCUAAUUCUUUCAGCUCAGCAGGAGCAGACUGAGCACAUUCAGAGCCUCAAUAUGAUUGAAAGCCAAAUGGAGCCCUCCCAGACAGAGCCAGUACAUGUCAUCACACUGUCCAAGGAGACCCUGGAACGUCUUCAUGCCCAUCAGGAGCAGACAGGGGGGCUCCACUUAGCAAGUGCUUCAGACCCUGCUCAGCACCUGGAGCUGACACAGGAGCCCGAGCUGCCAUCCCCCACUCACCAUGUGGCCCAACCCUCACCACUUAGCCAGGAGCAGAGCUGACCUGCACACCUGGUGACUGCUCCUGGGCCCAGCCCAUAAGCCAGCUCUAGCCAGGUGAUCAGCGUGCCAUGUCUGAGAUACCUGGUUACACAGCUCUGCCAAAAAGUGCUGCCAGAAGAUAGCUGUACCUCCCUGUAUCCACACAGCAAGGGGCAGGGGUGUGCGGGUCUGAGAUGUAGUGCAGAUGUGUAUUCAGCACUUCAGUAUUGAUGAAUGCUUUUCAUUCUCAUCUGCUAGGUCUCUUAAGAACUGGCUAGUUUUUCUUAAGGGUCAUUGAUCCAGGCUUUUCUAUAAGCAUUUAAUGUUCAUGUAAGUGUGAUUUUAUCGACCUACGUCCAUUUUUUACUAUUUAGGACAGAGGAAGCUGUAUAGGUUGCAUUGGGUAAAGUGGUUGGUUCCCCUUCUCUUCCUCUAAGGCCAUAGAAUUGCCACUGCAGAAAUCAGCUGAGUUUAGAGAAUCUAUCCUUUUAAUAACUUACAGUCCCCUAGGGCAGAGUAACUUGACAUUUAAUCUUUGUGUGGCACCAUAGUGUCUUUCAAAGCAGAUUCAAACUCAUAAAAUGUAUUCAGAACUCAAAAAUUGUAACAGGAAAGGCAGAAAUAUGCUUUAAAAAUUAUGAAUUCAUGUUUUGUGUAAAACCUGACAUCUAUUUUAAUAGCAGGCUAUGAAAUUUUUUAAGUAUUAAAGUAUGAAAUUGGAUCAAAACAUUCAUCCCAGAUAAACUGAAUUUUGUCAGAAAUGAUAUUUGAAUUUCAUGAUAAAGUUAAAAGCUUAAUUAUCUUCGGAUAUAAAAUUGCAUUCACUGUAAAGUGUUGAAUAUACUGAAUUCUAAUUGAUCUCUGAAUAUACUAAUCUGUGUCUUGAGUCUAAUAACUUUGGGGAUGUGGAGACUUGCAUUCUUUUUAUGUUAGACUGUCAAAUUCCACAAAGUGGAUGCAUCAUUUUUAUUUAUUCAUUUAUUUAUUUUUGGCAGAAUCAGGGAUCAAACUCAG